CUGGAAAAAGGAUUUGUACAGAGAAACAUACAAUUUUUACGCAAUUUCAAACCUGUUUUGACGUCAUAGUAAUACACUCGUGUUUUUCUUGUGAACUGCGGCCGUGGGAUAUAUUGGGAUGCAUAGGACGAAUGAAUCAAGAGAGGAAACAUCGCAGAGCAGUAACUUGACAUACUAGCUCGCACUUUUUAUACACAGCCGAACGAUAACAAUGACACCUCAAGACAUUACUAAAGGAAAGAGUAACCUGUGGAUAUUUGGAUAUGGCUCCUUAGUGUGGAAACCUGAUUUUGUGUACAAGAGUCGUGAAGUUGGCUUCAUUCAAGGUUACAAGAGACGCUUCUGGCAUGGAGAUGAUUUUCAUCGAGGGGACAAGGAAAAGCCAGGCAGAGUGGCCACAUUAGUGAAGGACCAUGAGGCUUGCACAUGGGGAGUGGCCUAUGAGGUGACUGACUCCCAAAUGGAAGAUUCCCUUCAGUAUCUGGAAAAGAGAGAGGUUGUGAUGGGGGGUUACAAAACAGAGAUGGUGGAGUUCAUCCCUAAGGAGAAGGGUCACGGUGCUCAGUUGGCCCUCGUCUACAUUGCUACUCCUGACAACCCCAUGUACCUCGGCCUGGCCUCAGAAGAGGUGAUCGCCGCCCGGAUUGCCAUCUGCAGAGGAAACACGGGCCACAAUGUUGAAUACCUGUUCCGUCUGGCAGAGUUUAUGAGGCUCUACUGUCCCGAGGUAGAAGACGAGCACCUCUUCUCUAUUGAGGCUGCUCUUCUGAACAUUUUCCAUAACUGCGAAGGGAUCAGACCUCCAGACCAAAAGUAUUUUCUUCACCGAGCUACAUAAAAGACACUCCUCAUCACAAAAAUGACAUGGAAUUAAAGUCCUGCAACCUCUGUUUUAAGAUUUUGGAUGCUCUAAGAGGAAUACUUGAAUUUGUUUUAAAUGACGUAUACAAAAUCCAGAAGAAUGUGAUGCUUUUUAAACUUAGGGACGACUUCUCACACAUGAUAUAUUACACCUUUCUGGUAAAAGGUUCUCAGAAGCAAUUCUAUACUGUGUACAUUUAAAGAAAAUAUAUAUUUAUUUUUAAUUAAAAACACAAAAGUCUGUAUGAAUGAUGUUUUUUCCACGUGACUAAGUUGCCUAGGGUUGUACCCCCCUGCGUCAUGCUCCCACAUCACAUGGCAGAGGAAUGUUCAUGUACAUGUGUGGCCCCCCUCACAGGAAAUGCUGACUUUUCCUCAGAGACUUGUUAACUGCACAGAUUUAGCUGCUUUCCGAUAUCUUUUGUGCAAUUUAAACGUACGGUAUACAUUCAGUUACUCAUUUAUGUGUACAAAAUAUUACUCUGGAUGGUUUGUGGGAAUCAGGGCUGUUGUAUUUCAACCAGCCAGAUAGAAAAUGUUUUUCAUGGAAUUAGAGAACUUUUCUUUUUGUCGCUGCUUUUAAUUGAACUAUUCAUAUCUUAAA